AUGGCACGCCUUCUAACAGAUUGGGGGAACCCAUUUCUUGGAGACGGCAUUGUUAGUCUGUCAUCCCGAAUUUGUGCGACUUCCAGUUUGCAGCAAGAUCUUCUCCGGGCAUUUGAUGUUGGCAACACUGCCGUGCAACGCUUCAUCACUGAGCGUGUAACCAGCAGCAACGUGCCCUUCUUCAACCCGCUGCCAGCCCACAAGCUACUCACGUACAGCACCAAAGAGAAGCCACAAAGCAAGAGCAAAUCAAAUGCGCAAGCCGUCCAAGAUGACCGCCAAUUGUUCACUAAGCUAGCAAUCAUGGCAAAGCACCGCGAGGUCAAUGCCAGAGAGUUAGUCGAGUAUCAGCUGGGGUCAGUACCGUGGGCGAUUGCCAACGCAGAUGGCACACGAGUCAGCACAGUCAAGUCCAAGCUUCUGAUGGAACUGGAGAAAGACACUCCCCUCCUGGAGACGGUUCCUGGACAAGGUGCUAUUCUUGUUGAUGGCAUGGCUCUGCUCCAGUCCAUAACUACCAUACCUGCUACAUUCGGUGAGCUGAGCACCCUGAUAUUCGACCGCCUCAUCACUACAAUGGCAAAGUUCGCCGCAGUAAGAGUAGAUUUUGUCUGUGACCAAUAUCCGGAACUAUCCAUCAAGGGCCAAGAGAGGGCCAGCAGCUCAACUAAGAAUGUUCCACUGCGCCUCCAAGCAGAACGAAGUGAGCAGCCCACACCCCGGCAGUGGAAACGCUAUCUGUCCGAUGGGCAAAACAAAAUGACACUGAUUUCCUUCAUCAGCCGUGACUGGAGAGCUAGUGAGACACUCCCGAAAAAACUGAAAUGUGGCCAGAAAGUCAUUUUGACAGUGAAGAAGGACUGCUUCCAAUUCACUGCACCUGCACCGGGGACAUCUUUGUUUACAGUCGCCGCUGUUCCAGAACUGACCUGCUCCCACGAGGAAGCUGACACCCGGCUCCUGUUGCACGCUGCUCAUGUCAUUUUCAAGACGAGACGGCAGCAGCGCGCACGUUUGGUGGACAUCAACGCGAUUGCGGAAGCACUGGGCAGUUCAACGUGCCGCGCUUUCAUCGGUGUCCACAGCUUCUCCGGAUGUGAUUCGGCGAGUGCAUUCGUGGGGAAAGGGAAGAGAGCUGGUCUGGAGCUGGUCAAGAAAACCGCACAAGCCUGUGAAACAAUGCAACAUCUCGGCCAGGAUUUCAGCCUCAGCAAUGACCUAGAGAAGAGCUGUGAAGCGUUCACAUGCCUACUGUACGGGGAUAGUAGCACCCGUGACGUUGGUAGUGUUCGCUACAACAUGUUGUGCAAGAACACAACCACCCCGCAGAGGAUGCCUCCGUCAUCGGCUGCUCUGAGGCAGCCAUUCAAGAAGGGCAAACUAUCAAGCUGCUGUCUGGUGGCGCGCCCUCCAGCCAGAACCAGAAAUCGAAUCGCCCGUUGGAAACGAUUGGCUACUGGACACAGAUGGAAUAUCCUGACAGGCAUUGAGUAA